AUGUCGGACCGGACGCAUCGAACGGCGCGGAUAAUAACGUCGAUAGCGGUGACCUUCAUAUCGCUUGCCUGCGGGACGAACUACGCAUACUCAGCAUGGGCACCUCAAUUCGCGGAACGAAUGCAGCUGUCUGCUACUCAGAGCAAUCUGAUAGGCGUUGCGGGCAAUGUAGGGAUGUACGCAUCAGGCAUACCAGCAGGUCUUCUAAUUGACAAAAGAGGACCGAGACCUGCAAUCCUCCUAGGGGCCAUUGCGCUUGGUGCAGGAUAUUUCCCUAUCAGGAAAGCGUACGAUGAUGGAGCCGGAUCUAUGAAUAUACCACUGCUGUGUUUCCUGUCCUUCCUUACAGGUGCAGGUAGCUGUGCGGCUUUCUCUGCGAGCUUGAAGAUCUCCGCGCUCAACUGGCCACAUCAUCGUGGAACAGCAACCGCCUUCCCGCUGUCCGCUUUUGGUCUGAGCGCAUUCUUCUUCACUACCCUCUCAGGCUUCGUAUUCCCCGACAACAUCUCUGGAUACCUCCUCCUCUUGUCCCUUGGCAGCUUCUGUCUGGCAUUUAUACCAUUGAUCUUCAUCCGGAUAUUACCCCCUACGACGCAGUAUUCCGCUUUAUCUACCAGCGAGGACCGGCGACCAUCUCUUUCACGGCGUGACUCGAAUCAGCUGCAUCGGACCAAAUCCGGACAGAGCACAUAUAGCAAUGAAAGUACGCAGCCAGAGCCAGGUAAGACACUUUUCUCUUCGCCUCAUCACGGGGCAGUUGACACGUCUGAAGGGGAUCCAGACGAGUCAUCUUCGCUCAUGUCUGGACCGGGGGAUGUCAGCUCUGAAGGGGAUACCGGCAACCAUGAAGCUCGUCGCUCACAGAAGCCAGGUGUUACCGGACUGGCACUCCUGCCGCGAGUGGAGUUCUGGCAACUGUUCCUCAUGCUUGGUCUACUAACCGGCGUCGGCCUGAUGACGAUCAACAACAUCGGCAACGACGCACAAGCCCUUUGGACCCACUACGACGACAGCGUCUCGAAAUCCUUCAUCCUCAAGCGCCAACUCCUCCACGUCUCCAUCAUCUCCUUCAUGUCUUUCCUCGGCCGUCUCGCCUCGGGCGUCGGCUCCGACGUCCUCGUCAAGCGCCUCCACAUGUCGCGCUUCUGGUGCCUCGCAGCCUCCGCCUCCGUCUUCACCGCCGCCCAGCUCUGCGCCAUCAAGAUCGAGAACCCCAAUCACUUGUGGGCAGUCUCGAGCCUGACGGGCUUCGCGUACGGCGCGCUGUUCGGGGUGUACCCCGCGCUGGUGGCGGAUGCGUUUGGCGUGCAGGGCUUGAGUUUGAAUUGGGGCUUUAUGACGCUGGCGCCAGUGAUCAGUGGGAAUGUGUUUAAUCUGUGCUAUGGACGCAUUUAUGAUCAUCAUUCGACGGUGCUGCCGGGUGGGGAGAGAGAUUGUCCGGAGGGCCUGAGGUGUUAUGCUGCGGCUUAUUGGGUUACGUGCGCGUCGAGUGUGCUAGGGAUCUUGGUGUCGUUGUGGUGUAUCAGGCACCAGCAUGUUAUGAAGAUGAGGGAGGGAAGACAUGAUCAUCCGGCAUGA